UUGUUUUAAAAAAAAAAAACCAAACACAGUUCGCUCGAACUAGCAGCCAACAACUCCGAACUAGACAUAGAACUGAUAUAGAUGCUAGAUUGCUACUACUACUAGCUUUGUCGAGCUACACAUUACCUCUGCACAUUAUACACAUCAAAACACGGAAUUUUAAUUAGUUUCAUUUUGAUUUUCUUCCUUUUUCUCCUCGAUUUACAACAAUGAGUAACAUAUACGUUCAAGAACCACCAACAAAUGGAAAAGUUGUUGUGACUACUUCUCUAGGAGAAAUUGAAAUAGAACUGUGGAGCAAAGAAUGUCCAAAGGCUUGCAGAAAUUUUGUUCAACUAUGCCUUGAAGGAUUUUUCAAUGGAACAAUUUUUCACCGAGUGGUACCAAAUUUUAUUGCUCAAGGAGGAGAUCCUUCUGGGACUGGCCAUGGUGGUGAAAGUAUUUAUGGGGAACCAUUCAAGAACGAAGUUCAUUCACGUCUACGAUUUGUCAGAAGAGGAUUGGUUGCAACGGCUAACACUGGAAACAAUGACAAUGAAUCACAGUUUUUUUUUACCUUGGGUUCUUGUCCGGAACUGCAAAAUAAGCACACAAUUUUUGGUAGGGUUGCUGGGAAUACUUUGUUCAACAUGAUCAAAUUCAAUGACUUGGAUAUUGAUAGUGAAGAUAGACCUCGUCAUCCACCUAAAAUUUUUAAAACAGAAGUUAUUUCUAAUCCAUUCCCUGACAUUGAACCAAGGAUUAGCCAAGAAAAUAUCAAGAAACCAGAGGAAAUAAAAUCUAAAAUAAAUAAAAAAAAGAAUCUUCAGCUGCUUUCCUUUGGGGACGAAGAAGAAGAUGAAACAGAUGUUCAUCAGCCAACUAAGUCUUUUCGUGGGAAAUCUUCUCAUGAACUGACUAACGACCCUAAACUUAGCAUUGUUCCUGCAGUCAACGUAGAAACGGGGUUAACAAAUAACGACAAACCGACAAAAAUUGAACGGCAAUUUGAAAAGGUUGCGCCUCAAACUGAUUUGCAACCAGAAGUAUCACCUGAAAGUGUAGAUGUUGACAUUUCGAACCAAAAGAAAUCUGAAGCAAACAAGAAACUAAAGCAAAUCAAAGAACAGAUCAGAGACUUGAAAAGGGAAAUGAAAAACCCAAGUGAAACUCCUCAAGAUCAAGAAUUAUCUAAGAAAAGAAAAAUUAGCGACAGUGAAGAAGAUAAUGAAAUACUUAAAGAUUUUCAUGAGCAGCAGAAGAAGUAUGCGGACAUAAAAACAACACGGCGAGGAAAGGGCACGGACCGAGAAGCUGAAACCCUUAAUUUCCUUAAAAAAUUUCAGAGUAAGCUUAGCCAAACUCGGACAACGAAAGGAGGCGUUGAUGAUAUUGAUGACGUAAACGAUGAUGAUGCAUGGUUGAAUCACACGUUGAAAUUCGAAGACAAAAAUCCUUCGUUAGCCCGAGAUGCUAAUACAAAAAGUGAUGAUUGGUUUGAAAUCUACGAUCCCCGUAACCCCUUAAACAAACGAAGAAGAGAGGAAUCAAAGAAGAUCAUGAAAGAGAGGAAAUUCAACUAAAAACUAAAAAUGAUCUCCAGUUUUGAAAUGCACAUAUAAAACUCACCUUUGUUUGUUAAUCUCACCAAUUUCUCUUUGAUUCAACGAGCUUGAAAAUCAGAAACAAAUGUCACUUAGGCUUGCUGGAACUGGAACAUAAACUUGUGUGUCAAUUGUA